AAAAGCACAACAAAAACCUACAAAAAUGGAUGUUUUUAUUUCAGAAGAGUAUGUUGUGAAGCGAAGGGUUGAGAGAAAGGCAGCUGCUGCUGGUGGAAAUGGGAAAAGUUCAAGCAUGGCGUCUGAAUCUUCUACGAAAAGGUCUGAUGAGGAGAGGAGAAGAAAAGCUCGGCCAAAUCAUGACCAUGAUGUUAUGGUUUCUAGUGGACUGAGUGAUGGCAUUGUUUUUAGCUGCUUCUCAGCCUAAUUUACUUAGAUGAUGAGAUAUUGUAUAUGCUUAUGGUGUUUUGAAAUUUUAAUAUCUUAUUAGCAGCUAGAAAUUAACUUUAGACCUUUUAUUACUUGAGAUAUAUGCCUCUACAAAAUUAAUCCAAUCCAAUGUGCAUCGCCUUAUAAAUAGGGGAACAUGUAUAUUUGACACUCCUGCACGACAUACUCUGAGAAGGGUGCAGAAAUUAUAAAGCUGAAGUUUAUUUAUGGA